ACUGUUUUCAGCACAACAGUCUAGUAAACAUUUCGUAUGACAACGGAUGCGGUCCAAAUAUAUGACUGGAAUUUCGCGAUUGCGUUUUGUAGAUAAAAUCUUGAUGAUGAUGAUAAAAUAACAAUGAGUGUAAACCCUCCUCAGAGCAGAAGGAAUUCGGCAAUUAAGCUGGAUCCGAUUGGGAAGGUGGAUUCAGGCUUCCAGCGGACGUUUUCGAGCGGGCAAAGUAAACCGGACGUGGCGGUCGCGGUUACCGUGCACGGCGUCGCGCCCCUCGGGAGAAGCAACACGGUUCUCCCGCGGAGCAAUGCUGGGAUCAACGACCCAUCGCCGGAGUGGGUUGCGGCAAAACACAAUGCCACCCUACCUCCUCCUCUUGAGACCACGGAACAAGGCUCAGAACCCAUGGAUACAAGCGCAUAUAAUCCUCGCCAGUCGCCGGCCAGCGGUAAGAAAAAGACCAAGGGACGGCGGGCGCGGACUCGGCGGGCAGUGCGGCCGUUUCUGACGGUGCAGAUGUCCAGGGCGAAAUCGGGGGCCGAAGUGUUGAGGAUCAGUCUGGAGGAACUCGGCUGGCGAUGGAGAGAGGUGUGCGGUGCUCGCAAGAACCCCUGCGAUUUGUACUGGCACAGUGCUUCCUUCUAUGACACGGAUGGCGUCUACUCAGGAAUGGUCAACAAGUACCCUGGUUUAUUGGAACUCGUACGCAAAGCCCAACUCAGUAAACUCCUCCACCAAAUGCAGCAACUCUUCCCGGACGAGUACAACUUCUACCCCCGCACUUGGCUCCUACCGGAGCAGUACCAUCACUUCUGUGCCGACGUGGCCAGCCUCCAACAACAGAACCCUCGCGCCAAGCCCGUCUUCAUUGUCAAGCCUGACGAGGGAUCGCAAGGCGAUGGGAUCUACCUGAUCACCAACCCCCACCACAUGGGUACAGUUGGGCUGGUCCGUCGCGCGGUGGUGCAGGAGUACAUCCCCAAACCUCUCCUGCUGGAGAGAACCAAGUUUGACUUGCGAGUCUACGUACUUCUGACAUCCAUUUCCCCGCUGCGCAUUUAUAUCUGCCGGGAAGGAAUGGCGCGCUUCUGUACCGUCAAGUACCAGCCACCAACAAACCGCAACCUUCAUCAGGUCUUCAUGCAUCUCACCAACUACUCGCUGAACAAGAAGAGCGAAACCUUCAUCCACACGGACAGCACGGACAGGGGCAGCAAGCGCACCAUGACCAGCACGUUCACCGCGUUGCUCGCGCGCGGCCACAACACCAUUGCAUUGUGGGAAGACAUCCAAGCUGUCGUGGUCAAGACAAUUACGGCGAUGUUGCCGGACCUCCUGGUCGAGUUCGAAGCCGAGCUGCCUGCGAGAAAACCCUCUCCUUCGUGCUUCCAGAUCUUGGGUUUUGACAUCCUGGUGACCGAGGACCUAAAACCCAUCCUGCUGGAGGUGAAUGCCAACCCUAGCCUACGAUUGGACUAUGAGAAGGAAGUGGCACCGGGGGUCGUGGAAUCCCAUCCCAGCCCUGUGGACGAGGAAAUCAAGAUUAUGCUGAUCAAAGACACGCUGAGACUGCUGAAACCAGGCAGAGUGGGCCGGGAAACCAGACCAAGGCUCGCAAAACACGACAAAAGAGCGCCCCGACCAGAAACGCCCACUUCCGAUAACCCCGCCUCUGAAGAGGACAAUGACGAUGAUGAUGAAGAUGGAGGGGGCGGGGCUAAAGAGGAGGAGGGCGAGAGGGAUGACUCGUGCCUUGAGGAGAUCUGGCCGAGGAAGUUUGGCGAGUGUUACAGUCACCUGAGGGUGAUGGAGCACGUCGCGGGACUUUUCAACCGUUUUCUCGGGGUUAAAGGGGCGCACCGGAUGGGGGCAACAGGCUUCCGAAUGUUCAGCAGGAAAUGCAAGUUGUGCACCAACGGGAUCACCAUGGCAGGAAUCGAUAUCAUGUACAUCGACAUCACACGGCGCUGGAACCUGGACAACGCAGAAGGCGUGAGCGCUGGCAUGUGCUUCGGCGCGUUCCUGGAAGCGUUCUUCGCGCUGGCGCAGCGCAAAUUCCGCGGCAGCUCACUGCUGGACAAAGUCAGCGCUCUCGUGGAAAUCUGCCAGUGCAAUCUGAGCGGACUUGGGGCGUGGCCUGCCCAGCCCAGGCCCCACCAGAGACGACUACGCAGGCCGGAGAUGGUGAAACGUAGGGUGGGGCGGUGGCCGGCGACCGACGAAGACUGAAAGUUAAAAAACACAAUUUUGUGUUUUUCCGUUUGCACCAAAAUACGAUCCUUCAUUUCCACAACUCAUAUCAGCCUUCUUCCUCUAAAAAGUCACGAUAGUUAUCGAUCACUCAAUGUACACACAAUUGUGUUGAGAGGCGAUUUGAUAAAAGAAGUGUUGCAAGGAUUUAGGAGUGGCCAUUAGGUGCUGCACUGUGCAUUUGCCAUUGUUUAGUAUAGAUAGCGCCCUCUUUAGUUUGCACAGCCAGUGCAACUUGAAUAAAAGGUCAAAAAGUUAAAUCAUUUCUACCAGAUGCUGCACAUGAAAAAUGUAAUAGUUAUAUAAUAUGUGAUGUCCACUUUUGGUUUCGAUCGUGUUGAAAUGUAUCUGUGUACUAUCAUCUUGUGAAUAGAUUAAUAUUUCUAACUAUAAAAAAAAUUGUCAGGGUAAAACUACUUCCAUACAUUUGUGGCACAUGAACAAAGUGCAUUUUUGAGUUAACAACUACACAAGUUACAAGUUUUGACUUCCAAAUUUGUUUUUCGUGAUUUAAAUAUAAUUUGUUCCUUCAAUUGAAGGUUUGAAGAAGGAAUUUGUGCUUUUGGGGGGUUUAUUUUGCAAUUAAUGAUUCCGUUAAUAGCAAUUUGCCUAAACUUUUUUUUAAUUUUAACACGGGAAGAAAUUUCAGUCUUUUUUUGGAACACUUUAUGCAAAAAUUUCUGAGGUAUUUGAUAUCUCCAUUUCUUUGUUUCACUUAUUUGUAUAUUUUGUGCUAAUGUAUAAUUACUUAUUCAUUGGUAGAGAUGUGUCUUAUGAAAUGUUAAAUGUAAAUUUCAGAGAAAUCUGCAAUUCAUUUUUUUUUUAUAAAUUGUAUAAGUGGGGAGUUAUCUUUUCUUUUUGAAUAUUUACGCAAAUUUUGAAUAUAAUAAUCUGCAAAUUUUCUUAUGCAAAAUUACAAAUUGCAAGAUUUUACAUGAAUUGUAUCUUAUUCAUUAUUUUUUUAAAAUACAAAUUGUGCUUAUUUGUUAAAGCCCAAUAUCCGUCCCAUUAAAAAAAUUAAGAAUUUUUUUAAUAAUUAUAUUUAAUCCCAUCGGUGUAAAGAAUGUAGGAACUAUUUUUAAACACAGCUGCAUUUUUUUUAUGCACAUAAUGUAUGAAAUAUAUUUAAUCUUUUUGACAUUACAGUUAUGAAAGCGCUGCCAUGUAGUCAUUUUUUAACAGUCAUCUAUUUUUAUAAUAAAUUUUACUAAUACACCA